AUAUCAAAUACUUUUUUAAUCUUAUCAGCACAACAAUAUAUAAAAUAUGGCUUACAAAUGGGUGCAAUCUUCGGCGUAUUCCUCGAUACCAGCUAAUGCCGUGGUGGGUGGCAACGAUGAAGAUGGCGCCAUGAUCUAUGUGGGCCGUGCAGAGCAUGAGGGUGAUAUGCUAGUCUGCAAAGUAGUUCCAUCAAAGCAACUGGGCUUUGUCUCACAGCGUGGCGAAGCUCUGCCCAAGGAUAUAUUCGAGGUGCUCUGUGGUCUGAAUUUGACAUGGAGAAAGUGCUACGAUCACAAGAUACCCGAGACAGCAGUGCUAUGUGGACGCACUUCGUUGGAUCAGCCUGUCUAUAUAGGACGCGGUCAUUAUGAGGGACAUUUGAUAAUUGGCAAAAUAUCCUCCGUACAUCGAGCCCUGUUCAUAGCCUAUCAUGGAGCUGAGCGACGUUUGGAUUCCUAUGAGAUUCUAUUGGAUGAGAAUCCACCAUCAAUGGCGGGAUGGCAAUUACCGCCACCGCCAGAGGAUUUGGAAAAGGCUCCAUUGACACCACCACCGCCGCCAUCACCACCAGCACCAGCCUUGGAGGUGGCAGAGAAACCCUUCCGUUAUCCCCAUCCCCUAGAAAUGUCUGCCAUGCCAUUCCCAAUGCAUGAUAGACCACCAGUUUAUACGCCAAAUCCUGAUCCAUUGCCAGCACCACCAGCAACUCCGGCUGAGAUACUUCCACAACGUGUUCAGCCUGUCUUAGUGUUGCCUCCUCGGCCGGUUCCCGAACCCGUGGCUGUGGCUGUGCCUGUUCCUCCUCCAUCGUACACUGCGGCUACUGUGGCUCCUGGUCCCAGUUCUGCCUUUACUCCCGCCGGUACCUACAAUCCUCCCAUGAUGAGCGGAGCCUAUGGAUCGUCUUACACUCCAGCCGAAUGUGCUGGUCCUUCAUCUUCAUAUGGUGGUGGUUAUGAUUACAACUACGAUUGCUGGCUCAAUGUUGGUCCUGGCUAUUUCUACUCUCCCGAUGCAGUUGUCGGCGGUCAUGAUUCGUGUAUGUCACAACUGUUGAUAGGCCGUGCCUAUUACGCUGGUGGCCCUAUCCCGGGCAAGGCUGAUCCAAGUCAGGGUUAUUGUUUCAUCACCUACAAUGGCAUGGAGAUUGCCGAGUCCUCGUAUGAAGUGCUAAUGGGUCAGGGUAAAUACCAUUGGGUCCCAGGCUAUGACGGAAGUAUUGCACCCGGAGCUGUUGAGGCUGGCCGGGCCAGCAAUGGGGAACCCUUGUACAUUGGACGUGCCCAUUAUUGUGGCACUCUAACACCUGGCAAGAUUCAGCAGUCGCAUCGUUGCCUGCAAAUUCCAAUCGGUGGCCAAGAGGUUCGCAUUAGCAACUACGAAGUUCUAGUAAGAAGUGAUCUCUAUCACAGACAACAAGCCAUUAGUUUGGUCUACUAAUAAUGCAAUGGGUGUCAUGAUUAUUAUUCCGAUCGGCUAUCGAACUACUACCUCCAGUAUACAUUAACACUGAUUUACCUGUUUUAUUAUCUAACUAUUUUAUUACAUCAUUAUUUGCACUUGGUCUACUUCUGUAUAUAUGUAUAUCUGCAUAACCUGUAUAACUUAUUCAUAUUUAUUCAAUGAGGCAAUAUAAUUAAAGAAAUU